AUGGAUCCCAUGCCUAUUUGUGAAUCAGAAAGACCCAUAUGCGCUGAAUAUAUCGGUUAUUUCGAGCACAGGAGAAAGCUGGAAAAUAUUGGGGCCGGGGCUAUUGCGAGGUUAACAAGCCAGCACUCACUGGCAAAUCUAUUUAUGAGUUCGGUGGGAAUAAAAGGUGUCGAAACUUCGGAACCGUUGCAUCUGCUUCCUUCUGCAAAUCUGACAGUGAAUCUAAAUCCCCCACCAGAUAUCAUGCAAGCUCAUGGGCUAUACCAGUGGUGGAGGCCUGACCUGAACUUGAGCGGAUUAAGGAAACAUAGAUUGCAUUGUCUUCUUCGUGUCAUCAACUGCAUGAUGCCAGCCGAUUAUCUCAGGAAUAAUACUAUAGGCUUUACAUCUCGUCUUUAA